CUGGUUCCUCGGUCUUGCUGAGGCUGGUCUGUAUCCGGGUGUCAACUAAGAAAAUAGCUGCUGGUACAAGCGUCAGGAGCUCGGUUUCCGCGCGGCGCUGUUCUUCUCGGCUGCCGCCCUUGCUGGUUCGUUCGGUGGACUGCUCGCAGCGGCCAUUACCAAUAUGGAAGGUGUUGGUGGAUACGAAGGAUGGCGUUGGAUCUGUGCGUCUCCGUUUCCAUUCUCCCACGAGCUUUUGCUGACGCAUCGUAGUCAUCCUCGAGGGUCUCAUCACGGUCUUCGUCGGUGUCUUCUGCUACUGGAUGGUCUUCGAUUUCCCAGACACCGCGCGCUUCCUCACACCAGAGGAGAAACUCCGCGCUUUGCGCCGUCUUCGCGCCGACAACCAAGCUCCCGCCGAGCAGGAGAAGCUCAGCCGCAAGUAUGUGUUCGCCGCUUGCAAGGACUGGAAGACCUGGGCCUACGCGCUGCAGUAUAUGGGAGUCCUCUGCCCGCUCUACUCUUUCUCACUCUUCUUGCCGACUAUUCUGCUCGGUAUGGGCUACCAGGGCACCAAAGCGCAGCUCAUGUCUGUUCCUCCUUACGCCGUCGCCGCAGCUAUGACUGUCUUCAUCGGCUGGCUCGCCGAUCGAACCAAGUGGCGUGGAUACUGCAACAUGGUCAUCUCGUUCAUCGGAUGUGUCGGCUUUGCCAUGUUGCUGGCUACCCAGAAUCCCCGUAUCCAGUAUGCCGGUACGUUCCUCGGAGCCAUGGGCAUCUACCCCUGCGUCCCGAACACUCUUUCGUGGGCCUCCAACAACGUCGAGGGCGUGUACAAGCGCGGCGUCAUGGUCGGUAUUGUUGUUGGCUGGGGCAACAUGAAUGGUGUCAUCUCAUCCAACAUCUACUUCCCGAGGGAGAAGCCCAAGUAUACCACAGGCCAUGCGACGGUGCUUGCAUUCAUGUUCGCGUGCUUGUUCGGCGGGACCAUUCUCACGCAUUUCCUGCUGAAGCGGGAGAACAGUUUGCGAAAGGCGGGCAAGAGGGAUCACUGGGUCGAGGACAAGAGCCAGGAGGAGAUUCGCAUGCUGGGCGAUUGCCGUCCGGACUUCAUCUACACUACGUAGAUUGGCUUCGACAAGAUUUGCGUCGGGCAGUCAGGCAGUCGAAUGGAUCGAGUGUCGUGCGACGCGCAUGGUCCCAGGGUAACGGAUGUCGAUAUUAUCCCUAAUGGGUGGUGAGUUGUUGUCGUCAGGUC